AUGGACUCUGAACACCUUCCCAAGUCCCCGGUCUUUCCAACAGAGAUCAUUGAAUUGAUAAUUGACCAUCUUCAGGAUGAUAUCGUCGCUCUAACACGCAUUUCCGGAACAUCUCAUGCAAUUCAUCACUCAUGCCACCGACGUCUUUUCCGAUCUGUGAAACUCGUUAUUUCACCAACCCCAAAAAUGUUUAUAAGAGUCUUUCGGCACAAUCCAAGCAUUGGACAACAUGUUCGGAAGCUGGUGUUACACAUUCACCCCAGGCUUUCUGAGUGGGUCCCCGGAAAACAGAACACUCAGGAUCUGGCUGCUGUGCAUGAAAACAUCCAAACUCUGACACAAACACCAUUCGUGGAGAAGCUGUCCAUCCGCGGAAGCAUAACAUCGUGGAACUCCCUCCAUGCCACCCUUCAACAGCCGAUUCUGAAUUGCAUCCAUUCCGCCUCCUUGACAGAAUUAUCCAUUGAGGCUUUUGUGAUUCCCGUCACAAUAUUUCGAUCCUGCGUCAAUCUUUCGGCUUUGAUGAUCAACUACGUGGAGGACUCUGGAAAGCCAGAGCCCAACGAUCAAGCGAGGAUGUCACCACAUUCGCCCCAACCCAUGAACAUUCCCCAACUGCGCUCAUUCGAAGUUGUAUCCUCUACCGCGUUUGCAUUGGCACUUCUCCGUUAUCGUGACAGCGAUGGCCAUCCGUUGAUCAGAUUCGACAGACUCGAGACGCUCAUCGUCCCUUACUAUCAUCCCAAACAGGAGAUGCAGGUCAUAGAGGAUAUCUGCAAAGAAGCAACUGGAUUGGAGACGUUCGCGUGUGGAGGAAUUAUGGCGGGUACCGAGUCUACCGACUGGCCUGAUUUCAGCCACUUUUUGAUGCUGAAGAACUGGAGAGGACAGGGCAAACUAUUCAGUGAAUCCCUUCUGCAAGGCCUAUGUGAGAAACUCCAGAUGUUCCCUCAACCCAACGUUCUGGAAACUUUGGACCUUGAGAUCUCACUGCCCGAAGGCUGGCACUACUUGCCGAUUUCCAUUCAAAAUGAAUGGGGACAGCUGGAUGUCGUGUUAUCUCGUGGCUUUCCUCGACUGCACACAGUUUCAAUCAAUGUUGUUUUGUUCUACUCCCCUCCGGCAGAUCCGGACUCUGAGAGCGCCGAGUUACGCGAAUCGGAGAGGCUGUUCCGAGAGAAGUUUCCUUGUUUGAACGGAAACCCAGCUGUGAACUUCAAUUUCUCGACGAGUUUUUGGGAUUAG